UAUGAUUGUUUUAGCUUUAUUGUGUUUCAUAUUAAGCAGUUAUUUGUGUAACUAACGGUUUACGUUGUUAAUUUGUUAGGUCCACUGGUUCCAAACCUUGUUUCCGAUCUCGACAGAGUUGUUAACAAGCUUAGAAUGAAGUAAAGGUCGUAUGGUGUGGAGUAAGACGUGGAAAAUGUGUGUAUUCUUUUUUUGACAGUAAAAACGGUUUUCAGUAUUAUAUAGUUUUUUUUUCUGAUCUUAUUUCCAUUUUGGUUUUGCCAAACAUGUUUGGUGCUGAUUUUGGAGAUCAGAUAACCCGGUUUGCAACCUUGAUAGAUCCAAGAAACAAUCACUUUGAACUUUUGGUCUAGAGGAUUAAUGGAUGGUGACAACCAGGGUACCCAUGGAAAAAUGGUGGAUAAUUUACCCCAACCAAUAAACAUUCACCUUUUUAGGUGGUAUCCAUAAACUAUCUUGACUCCACCAAUAAAUUACUCAUUAUGAUUGCUUGGUGGGUAAAUUACCAUUAUUUUUCAAAGAUAAUUUAGAAAAAAACCUUAAUAGAUACCUUUUUUUUCUUUCAAAAGGAUGGAAGGAACUACAUGAUUUUUAUGGGAUUCAGUUGGGUGCAUGGAUGACGCUCGUGUUUGUGGGAUUAGGACAAUUUGAUAUUAUUGUGAAAUACAGGUUUGGAAAGGAGAUAAAGGUUCCACCUUUUGAUCCUCCAAUGAAGUUCGUGAUUGACAAGGCUUUUGUGCAACCUACUUUUGAUAACACUCUACCUCCCUUUACUGCUAACUUAUCCUAUCGACAUGACAACAACAAUUUUCGUUUUGAUUUUCCUAAUGCUCUGACAGAGUGCGACGUGACCAAAGGCUACCUGAUGCUGUUGUAUGAAGGAUUUGUUGAGCACACUUUGGACAAGGCCUCUACAUCACUUAAGCUGGUUGAUGACUGUGGAAACAUGUGGGAGUGCAUAUUAAUCCUUGGUUCAGCUCCGUAUGAGCACAAUAGGAUCGAUGGUGAAUGGAAACGCUUUGUGGACGCGCGUAAUCUCUGUGAUGGUGUGAAGAUCAGACUUGGUGCACCUACAACUGGGAAGAACGAUACCCUUUACAUCGCUGUCAGUUGGAGUUAGGGUUUGGUUGCAAUAAUGAAGGUAUAAUUUGGUUCGUUAGUGGAUAUUUUUUUGUUAUCGGGGAGUAAGCUUUUUUUGGGUUUGGUCUUAAGUUUUCAUUUGAUGGAGUUCUGUAGUUUUUUAAAUUUUUGUGUUUUUUUCUUUUCCUUGCAAUUUCUAUUUUGUAAUUUUGAAUUCUGACGACUAUUCAGUUUGAGGUCAUGUUGCUUAAUUAAUAUAAUU